ACUUCUUUCCCACCACAAAUACAUCCCAUCAUCAAUUACACACCUCAUUCCAAGCUCCAACAAUGGCCGCUUCCACAAUGGCUCUCUCCUCCCCAUCUCUGGCCGGCAAGCCCAUCAAGCUCUCCCCCAACGCCCCCGACGUUCAGGGCAGUUCAAGAAUCAGCAUGAGGAAGACCGCCUCCAAGCAAGUUUCCUCCGGCAGCCCAUGGUACGGCCCCGAUCGUGUCAAGUACUUGGGCCCAUUCUCCGGCGAGCCCCCAUCCUACCUCACCGGAGAAUUCCCCGGUGACUACGGCUGGGACACUGCUGGACUUUCAGCCGAUCCCGAGACCUUCGCCAAGAACCGUGAGCUCGAAGUGAUCCACUCCAGGUGGGCCAUGCUUGGAGCUUUGGGCUGUGUCUUCCCCGAGCUUCUCUCCCGCAACGGCGUGAAGUUCGGCGAGGCCGUGUGGUUCAAGGCUGGAUCUCAGAUCUUCAGCGAGGGAGGUCUCGACUACUUGGGCAACCCCAGCUUGGUCCACGCACAGAGCAUUCUGGCCAUCUGGGCCUGCCAGGUCGUGUUGAUGGGCGCCGUUGAGGGCUACCGCAUUGCCGGCGGUCCCCUCGGGGAGAUCACCGACCCCAUCUACCCAGGUGGAAGCUUCGACCCAUUGGGUUUGGCCGAUGACCCAGAGGCGUUCGCAGAGCUGAAGGUGAAGGAGCUCAAGAACGGAAGGCUAGCCAUGUUCUCCAUGUUCGGCUUCUUCGUUCAGGCCAUUGUCACUGGAAAGGGACCAUUGGAGAACUUGGCUGACCACCUCGCUGAUCCAGUCAACAACAAUGCUUGGUCCUACGCCACAAACUUCGUUCCCGGAAAGUGAGAGUCUUUACCUCUUGGGAUUCAAAGAGAGAGAAAAUGAACUUGUAUUUGGUGGUGUAAAUCUCGGGUCUCAACAAUUGAGUGCUUGUUCUGAAUGAAUUUCAUUAUCAUUUUUCAAUAACGGACCAUCUUUGAA